AUGAAGAACAGCUUGUUAUUAAGAACUCUCGCUCUCUGCUGGAGAAACGUAGUAGCACAGGCCUGUACCGAAACGUUUACUCCGGUCACUGCCUCCGCAUUCGUGGCUGCUUUGAACCCUGGAUGGAGUCUUGGACACACGUUGGAUGCCACCGGGACUGAGGGCGAUUGGAACAACCCACCAGUCCUCGAAGCCACGUUUGAUGACGUGAAAGCUGCCGGAUUCAAGAUUGCCUAUCAUUUCACGGGAAGCUCCCCGGACUGGACGGUAGAUCCGACUUGGUUGCAGCGAGUAUCAGACGUUGUUAACGUGGUAACCUCUCGAGGAUUGCAUACCAUUGUCAACGUUCACCACGACUCUUGGACCUGGGCUGAUCUGCUUGCAUUCGAGCCUAUCAACGAACCACCAGGAACUACCGCCGAACAUGCCGCGGAGUUGAAUAAGCUCAACAAUAUCUUCAUUAAAGCUAUCAAUGAUGCGGGCGGUUUCAACCUAAAGCGUGUAGUGACUCUCGUUGGGCUCGGAGAAGACAGCGUAAAGUCUUCAACUUGGUUUGAACCUCCAAACUCAUCAUUCACGAAUCCGUGGCCCAUUCAGUAUCACUACUACUACUCUCCGUAUGACUUCAUCUUCUCCGCAUGGGGCAAGACAACCUGGGGCUCCGACUCCGACAAGGCCACCCUCGAAGCAGAUAUCGCCAACAUCAGGGGCAACUCCACUGAAGUCCCGCUUCUGAUCGGCGAGUGGGCUGCCUCACCUGUUGCCACCGAGACCAUCGGCUGCUGGAACUCAGCUUACAUCUACCAUAAAGCUAGCACGCCCGUAACGGAGCAGAGCCUCCCAUUCCUUCUCAAUGGCAACACAUUGGAAUCCGGUUAUAGCUCUUUGAAAAAAGUUGCUGCUUCGACUGAUUAUGUUGUUGUAGGGUCAAACAUUACCUUUAAAGCAUCGCUGCUUUCAUCUUUCAUUUCUAGCUCCACCGCUUCGGGCACUGUUACCAACUUCACACUUACGUUCUCCGCGGGCGCAAGCCUCGUGGUGACGGUCGUCCAAUGGGAUGUUCCAGUGCUUGGUUCUACAACCUCGAAGGCCGUGUCUGGAGCUGACCUCGCCAUUCCAAUCACUUGGAAGGGCAUUUUGAAAUCUGCGGCAGCACGGCCAUUGCAACAGGCCCGAACGACAUACGCCAACCAGUGGAACUGGGACUCGUCGCACGUCAUCAUCACAGCAUCGGCGGUAGCGGAUGUUACUCCGUCGGGAAAGAGCACUACGUUCUCAAUUGAGGCGUAUCCGCGAGUGGAGGGGAACAAUGCCAAUUAUACGCUGACGGUGUGAUGCGGUGCACUAAGAAGGAGCGGAUGGACAAAAGGAGGGGCAUGGUGUUUCGUUGUAUGUAUUUGAAAAGUUUCAAAUCGAAUGGCACGCAGGACUCGCUGUCAAUACCAAAUGUGGAGUCGCGAUAGUCGUUUGGUGUUGAGUUUUGCUGGGGGCUGAUUGGCGCUCGGUCGCAGUCUAGCGAGCGGCCACUUUAGCGGACCCCAGCCUCGCGACCAUGAACAUUGUGCAUCGCGAGACAAUUCUCCGAGAUGUGACAG